GGAAGAAUGAAAGCACACACCAGCUCUUAAUUCAGCCCAGAGACCGAGCAGAGACGAUUUCUCUGCAGCUCUAAAAUAAUAACAUUUUUAAAGGGGAUUGGACCAGAGCUCUGCCAUGUGUAUGCUGCUUACAUACUAAAGAAAAAUAAAAUUGCAGGUCCUGUAUUGCAUUCUAGGUGUCUACAAUUCUCUAAAAGAGCAUGCAUUCGCCAACCCACUCAUCUGGCUCAAUUGAAGUGGAAAGAAAAUUUGUUCCAGGCCCCCAAGUUGAGGAUAAACUGCACAGUUUGGGAGCAAAGUUGCAGAAUGAACUAACAUUCAGAGAUUCUUAUUAUGACACCCCUGACUGUCGGCUAACACUGGGUGAUGUCUGGUUGCGGCGAAGGGAAGACAGCUGGGAGCUCAAAUACCCACCACAACGGGGAACCAGAGGCCUGAACGGAGCCUCUACACAGUACCUGGAGCUGAAUUGUGAAAGAGAUAUUGCCCACAGGGUGAGUGAAGAACUCAAUAUCCCAUGCCCUCAUAGCCUGGACUUAUUGGAACUGCAGGAGUUUGCCAGCUUUGUGACAAAGAGGCGUAGAUUUGAGCUUCCACCAAGAAAUGGGUCUAAGCAUAAGGUGGUUGUGGACCUAGAUACAGCAGAUUUCGGUUUUUCUGUGGGCGAGGUAGAGGUUUUGGUGGAGACACAAGAAGAAGUGCAGAGUGCCCUUAAGGAAGUGGAAGAAAUCUGCAAGAAGUUAGGUGUACUCAGCGAUUCUCCAGUUCCAGGGAAAAUGUCAACAUUUCUCAAGAUUAAUCGAGCAGAUCAUUACAAGCAGCUUCUGGAAGCACAUGUUCUAUAAAGUGUUAUACACAAACAAUAGCAACCUAGAAUAAUGCCCUCCAAACCAGUAUAACAUUGCCAUGCCUCAUGUUAGUUGUAGUUCCACGUACAUGCAUAAAGCUACAACAAUAUAAA